UACCGAAAAUUUGAAAAAAAUGCGUGGUGGGUGGUGGUGGUGGCUUAAUAAAACAUAGUUUUUUUUUAAAUAAACUCUGUCAGUGUGAUAUCUGUCAUUAAUGUCGUUAACAAUCUACCAAAAAACUUAAGCUCGGGGCAAUGGAAGUCACACAUUCGAGGAAAAAAUCGAGGAAGAAACGAAGAAAGAAGCCAAUUUACCUUGAGCUCAAACGUUCAACAGCUUUAUUUUUCACAAUAACAAAAUUGCUAACUCUGCUUGCAAUUUUAAUGCUAGUUACAAGUACUAGGCAGCCAUUUUACAACAUACUUUUAAUUGAGAAAAAAGAUAUCCCAUACUUGAAAAAUAUUGAAAAUACGAUAAUUAUUCUUGUAAUUAUGAUUAUAACAUGUUCACUUCUUGUGUCACUGUUGGCUGUUUACGGCUACGGGUGUUCUAGUCGUUAUGUCUUGUUUUUCUAUGGCAUAGUUUUGAUUUACUCCAUCAUUUUCUUCGCAUACAUAGGAGUAGUUGCCUGUCUCGUAAGAGAUGACACUGAUAUUAAAAAAAAACAACUUUUUCUCAAUUAUGAAACGAACAGGCAAUUGAAAAGAGCCGUGCACAUAAUACAGACUACUUACAACUGCUGCGGUUCUCCUGAUUUUCGAUAUAAAAAUUAUUAUAAUUUACCGGAGAGUUGCUGUCCAGUCAACACAACGGCGUGUUUUCACCACAAUGCUUACAAAAACGUCUGCAAUAUUACUCGCUUAACUGUAUGCAAAGCAAUAAAAGACGCCUAUUUGACAGGUUAUGUAAUGCUACUUUUUAUACCUCUUACUGCAGCAUCGUUGGUGCAAAUAGGGCUUGUCCUCAACCUAGUCUACGAAUUCUCCAAGUCGAAGCGAAAGCAAACAGAUGAAAAUAUCGAAUACCAUUUGUAAAAUAUAUUAAUUUAUAUUUAUGUUCUUCCUAGUUUUCAAGAGUCUUUAAA